ACGAGCUCUAAAACCGAGAGCAGCACGUGAACUCGAGCUUUCAUAGUGUUCGCUGGUGUAGUGCGGUCGACGUCAUGGCUCCGCGCUUCCUAAUCGGCUCGUUAUGGCUCUUGCUGGCUAACGUGCCAACGAGAGCACCGGGCAAGUUUCUCAAUAUGUUUGCGGCCCAACAGACCCCUGUUGAUCCCUGCUAUGAUGAACUGGGCCAACCCCGUCGUUGUAUCCCUAACUUUGUAAAUGCUGCUUUUGGCAAACUGAUGGACGUGUCCAGCGAGUGCGGGAAGCGGCCCAGCCACCUCUGCCAGACUUUCAUAGACCAGAGGAGAAAAAUGGGGCGGACCUGUGACACCUGUGAGGCCGACAGUCACCCCGCAACGUACCUGACUGACCUGAACAACCCAAGUAAUAUGACCUGCUGGGUGUCCGAGCCAUUUACCAGCCGAGUUCACAAUGUUACGUUAACGCUCAAUUUGGGAAAGAAGUAUGAGAUUACCUACAUAAGUCUCCAGUUCUGCUCAGACAAGCCGGAUUCGCUGGUCAUCUAUAAAUCCGCCAACUUUGGGAAGACCUGGCAGCCGUUCCAGUUCUACUCGAGCCAGUGCAGUGUGGUGUACAAGAAGCCAUCCAGAGGCUUCAUCAGUCGAGCCAAUGAGCAAGAAGCUCUGUGUAUGGACACUUCAUUAGGGAGCAGGGUCGCGUUCAGCACACUAGAAGGUAGACCGUCGGCUAACGACUUUGAUAACAGUCCCGUGCUUCAAGACUGGGUAACGGCUACCAAUCUUAGGGUCGAAUUUAACAGGAUAGCCAGAAGAACCGGUGCCGAGAGUUUCCACUACGCUGUAUCUGACUUCGCAGUAGGGGGACGUUGCAAGUGUAACGGUCACGCUUCAAGAUGCGUCCUUAACAAAUCCAAACAGUUGGAAUGUGAUUGUAAACAUAACACAGACGGCAGAGACUGCGAAAAAUGUAAUAGUUUUCAUUUUGACAGACCUUGGGGCAGAGCAACCGCCCACAAUGCCAACGAAUGUGUCGGUAAGUGA